GUGGAUUUAGCAGUGUGGGACUUUGUUUGCCUCCAUGAUGACCUUCAGCCUGCACACGUUAUUGAUCCACUCAAUGUUAAAUGGAGGCCAUUGUGACGUAAACCUGGAAUUUUUCUGGGAAACAUUUGUUCGCCCUGCUUCAGUUUCACAGACGUGUGAAUCACACAAAGCAAACAGGAGAACUUCAUCCAAGAUGGCAAACAAAGAUGAAGACAAGAAGGAACAUAGAAGCCACCUGCAGAUAAGGAGCAGGGCUAUUUGUUAAAGGGGGGUCUUGGCCGUAUAUAACAGUCAAUCAUCAGAGAAGACGUGAAGACACCUCAAAAUGGCAAGGAAAACUGUUGCAACCAAAGCUGCUGUGCUGCUGUUUAUGCUUCAAGUAGGUCUUCUGCUGUCUGCAGCCGUGCAAGUCCUGCCCUCCGCCAACCCAGUUGCAGUCGGGGACACGCUAACGCUUUCCCUCCAUCCAGCCACAGCUCUGAGGGGCGGAAGCUGGGCGGUGGGAUAUUCCCUCAUCCUCACCUGGCUCGGGGAGCAAGAGGCAGUUUUCCCCAACCACAGCGGCAGGGCGUCGGUGGACGUCGUCACGGCGGCCCUCACCCUGACGGCGGUGACCUUGGAGGACUCGGGAGUGUACAUGGUGCAGAGCAGUGAUCCUCCGUUCAGAGCCAACGCCUCCAUCACCGUCUUGGAGCCUGUUUCAAAUGUGACCUUCAGCGUCAAUCAAACGGACCUGUCGGAGUUGUCAACGGUGGUGGUGACGUGCUCCGCCUCCUCAGGCUCAUCACCGUCGUUCCUGUGGCUGAAUGGCAGCUCCGAGGUCGUCGCCAAUGAAAGAGUUGCGCUGACUGAUGGAAAUGCAACGCUCUCGAUCGUUGGCGUUACCCGCCACGACCGUGGACCCUUCAGGUGCUUUGCGUUCAAUCCCGUCAGCAACGGCACCAGCGAUUUUUUAACCUUCACCAUCACCUACGGCCCAGACAACAUGGUCCUCGCCGUCAACGGCAACGCUACUUCCUUUCUGACCGGAUCCAACCUGACCAUGCUCUGCUCGGCUCAGUCCAGUCCUCCUGCUCUGCUGCAGUGGGCUUUCAGGGGCCAACUUCUGAACUCGACGGGUCCUUCGUUGAUGCUGUUUGAUGUCAGCCAGGACCAGAGCGGCCCCUAUGGAUGUCUGGCCUACAACAAUGAGACCAACAGAAGCAGCAACAUCACCAAAGACGUUGUGAUCAGCAAGUCGCACACAUCAGCAUUGAAACAACAUGCCUUUCACGUGUGGCUCCUUCCCAUGAUGCCAUGGCUCGGAUUCCUCCUGGCAAUGCUCGAUGACGUCCACGGCCAGGGUCUAUCCGCCUCUCUGAACCCAAUACCUGUGGGUCAAAAUGUCACAUUUUCCAGCCUAAACGUAGUCAACACAGGUGCAUGGCUCUUCAACAGUGAACUCGUUGUCCUAAUCAUUCUCGGGAAUGGCACCGCCACCCCAAGUUGGACGGGCAGGGUGGCGUUCAAUUCGGCCACCUCAUCUUUGACGAUAGCGUCAGUGACGCUGGAAGACUCUGGAACGUACACGCUACAAGAUGUGACUUCUGGUGCUUCUCAGCUGGUGCUGUCAGUCCAAGUACCGAUCACGGGCGUGAACCUGGCUGCAAACGGUAGCAACCUCGUGGAGUUCAACGACACAGUGGUGCUCACGUGCACCAAUGUCACGGGCACUUCUUUAUCGUUUACGUGGCUAAACGACACCUCCGAGGUGACGGCUGGCGGAAACGUUCAAAUCAGCGCUAACGGCUCCGAGCUGACCAUCGCCCAAGUAACCCGCUACGACCAGGGCCCGUUCGGGUGUACACUGUCCAACGACAUCAGCCACGGAAUCAGUUCACAAGUCCUUUUUAACAUCAGCUACGGUCCGACGAACCCACAAGUGUCAGUAACCCCCUCAAAGUACACCCACAUCACAGGGUCUAACAUCACCCUGUCAUGCUCGGCCGAGUCCAAGCCCACGGCAAUGAUCCAGUGGCUGAUGAACGGGACGAACAUCUCCCACUCUGACCCACAGCUUGUACUCAGCAACGUCACAAAGAACCACUCGGGGGACUACCAGUGUGUCCUCCACAACAGCGUCACAUCGAGGUUCAACAUUGCAAGUGCAAUGAUCAGCAUCAUGGCGCCAAUAACAGCAGUCAUGGUCAACCACACGGGUGUACCGGCAAUCGCCCAGCAGAACUUCGCCCUCCAGUGUCACGUGACCGGCGUGGUUCACCUCAUUCAGUGGUGGAUGAACGGUAACCCGGUGUCUGCUGACAACACCACAGUGUUUGCUAUGGACAACAAGACCUUGACUCUCAACCCCGCCCAGCCCUCGGAUGCUGGGGACUAUCAGUGUCAAGCUUUUAACGCUGUGAGCAACAUGACCAGCAGCCCUUACACUGUGGAGGUCUACUACGGCCCGUACACGCCAGUGAUCACGGCGCCCACCAUGGGCCUGACCGGGACACCGGUGAUGCUCAAUUGCUCCAGCAGCUCCCACCCUCCGAGCCAGCACACCUGGUACUUCAACAACACCGUGCUGGCCAACACCUCCGUAUAUCACACCGGACCGCUGGUCUUGAACAUGAGCGGGACGUACACCUGCAAGGCCUUCAACAACAUCACAGGGAAAAACAGCACGGCGAACCACACGCUCACUGUUCUGACUCCGGUGACAAUGACCUCCGUAAACCAUGUGAAGUCUUAUCCCAUCUUGGACCACAAUUUCACGCUGACCUGUGACACAACUGGCGACGUGUACUCCAUCACCUGGAUGCACAACGACACCCUGGUGGAGUCUGACGCCGCAAGGAACUUCUCCAUGAACAACGCCACCCUCACCUUUGACCCCGUGCUGAUGUACCACGGCGGGAAUUACAGCUGUUACGCUUCCAACCCACUCAGCAGCUUAGCCAGUGAUAAUUUCACCCUGGCUGUCGUAUAUGGACCAGCAGUGCCAACCGUCACGGCACACACUGCGGCGCUGGUGGGAAGCAGCGUGGCGCUCAGCUGUAACGCCUCGUCACACCCGCCCAGUCAGUACAUGUGGUACUUUAACAGCACGGUGGUGGCCAACAGCUCCGUGUACCACACACUUCCUCUUAGCACCAACAUGAGCGGCACGUACACCUGCAAGGCACACAACGCCAUCACUGGCUACAACACCACCGCCUCCACCACAAUUACAGUUUUGGACGAAAUAAAAGAGGCGAACAUAACGGUGCCCAUGAGCGCUGCCAUAGAAGGUUAUCCAACUACGUUGACGUGCAAUGUGUCCGGACCCCCUGAGCAAGUGCUCUGGAUGAAAGAUGGAGUCCCCCUGAUGGCGGACAACAGAACCACGCUGUCCAUGGAUAACGUCACCGUCACCUUCAACCCUCUGUCCCGCAACGAUACUGGAAUGUACCACUGUUAUGCUAUCAAUCCCCUUCAAAAUGUGUCAAGCCCUUCUCAUAUGCUCCUUGUAAACUUUGGACCGGAAACUCUAAUGGUUUAUGGGCCAGUGUUGGCCGUGGAGGGACAAUCUGUAAACUUCUCCUGCUCCGCCGUGUCGGUGCCCGCCAGCCACUUCUACUGGUUGCACAAUGGCUCCAUUGUGGCCAAUAGCUCCAUGUUUGUGUCAAGUUCUCUAUCUUUGAAUAUGAGUGGAAAUUACACCUGCAAGGCCCAAAACCCGGUGUCGAAAAUGAACAGCACAAAGUCCCUGACGCUCACGGUCAAAGAGGACAUCAAGUCGGUGAUGGUGAUGAACGACACGAUUCCCAUCGACGGCAACAACUUCACGCUCACCUGCGUAGUGGACGGGCAUUACGACUCGAUACAGUGGAAGAAGAACGACACGUACGUCGGAAUGAACAUGUCCACCGCCAACCACACUUACCACCACGUGGUGGACAACAGGUUUUUCUUCACCCCGUUGAGGCCCUACGACGACGGCGAGUACAAGUGUGUCGCCAGCAACCUGGUUGGUCCUCACAAAAGUCCGCCGUACGAGCUCCUGGUGAACUACGGUCCUCUCAGCGUGAAUAUCUCAGAUCCAGAAUUCGACAAAGAAAAGCUCACCAUCACCAUGAAUUGCGAAGCCGAUUCGCGGCCAGAACCCGAUAUAAAGUGGUUCCUAAACGACAAACCGUCGUCAGAAAUCGGCAUCGGCAACAUCCUCCAAAUCUCGUUGUCUUUGCUAGUAGAGACCAACUACUCGUGCAGGGCUAGGAACCCUGUGACCAACAUCACCAUGUCCCAGACUAAGACUUUAAGCCUCAUUGGUUCCGCCUCCGCCCUUCCUUCCCCAUCCCAAAGAGGCCUUUUUAUCGCGAGUGUUUUUAUCCUCUCUGUCCCGGUUCUCUUCCACUGAAUCCAAGGACACAAGCUGAAAUCGUUUUGAACUUUGUAGUAACAAGAUGAAAAAGUUGUCCACCAAAAAGUUGCACAAUUUGAAGUUCAACAGAAAACUGGGGGGGGGGGAAAUGCCAUAAAGAUAGAACAAUAUUUAGAGUAGUGGUGGCAAAGAGGUUAAGUGUGAUGAUAACCGUAGAACUGGAAAGGUUUUGUUACAUAGGAAAAGGUCAGAAUACUCACUACUACUAUUUGCAAUACAGCUUAUUGUGUAACCAAUCAGAACGUAAAUUCACUACACAAGUGGUUCUCAAACUUAUGUAAAGUACCACCUCAGAAAAAACUUGGCUCUCCAAGUACCAUUAUGAUGAGCGACAUUAAAAUACAGUAGCGUAGUAGGCCAAAGUAUUCAUUAGAGAUGUCCGAUAAUAUAAAUGCGUUAAAAUGUAAUAUCGGAAAUUAUCGGUAUCGGUUUUUUUAUUAUCAGUAUCGGGUUUUUUUUUUUUUUUAUUAAAUCCACAUAAAAAACACAAGAUACACUUACAAUUAGUGCACCAACCCAAAAAACCUCCCUCCCCCAUUCACACUCAUUCACACAAAAGGGUUGUUUCUUUCUGUUAUUAAUAUUCUGCUUCCUACAUUAUAUAUCAAUACAGUCUGCAAGGGAUACAGUCCGUAAGCACACAUGAUUGUGCGUGCUGCUGGUCCACUAAUAAUACUAACCUUUAACAGUUAAUUUUUACAAAUUUUCAUUAAUUACUAGUUUCUAUGUAACUGUUUUUUUUAUUCAAGAAAAUGUUUUUAAUUUAUUUAUCUUAUUUUAUUUGAUUCAUUUUUUUAAAAAGUACCUUAUCUUCACCAUACCUGGUUGUCCAAAUUAGGCAUAAUAAUGUGUUAAUUCCACGACUGUAUAUAUCGGUUGAUAUCGGUAUCGGUUGAUAUCGGUAUCGGUAAUUAAAGAGUUGGACAAUAUCGGCAUAUCGGAUAUCGGCAAAAAGCCAUUAUCGGACAUCCCUAGUAUUCAUUAAAAAACAAUUUAACAAGUAUAUUUAAUAUUUUGGCCACUGUAACAUUACACAGUGUUUGGAAACUAACAGUGUUUGAAUUGAGGAAAAUAAAACACUGUACUUUAUUCAAGUGUUUCUUUGGCGUACCACUAGUGGUAAACGUACCAGUUUGAGAAUCACUGCACAACAUAGCACUUAUUAAUUCAAUACCAGUAGGGCAUCUAGGGGACAUCUGUUACUUCUCCAUUCUCUGUCAAGUGUCUUCGACGGGUGAGUAAUUUUGCUUUAUUUAGUUUUGUUCUUCUGUGGUCCAUUUCUCUUAAAGACAAAUAUAACAGUUGAUUGUGUUAACAUGUUGCUUCAAACAUGAGUUAAUUCACUUUGUAUCGUUCCCUAAUGGGGGGAAAAAUGUUUUAAAAUAAGAACCAGUAUCAAGUGUUCGAUUUUGGAGGUUCUGUUGUGUUUCGUAAGUUAUGUUUUGAUUGGAAAGUCAACGCGUUGACGUAAGCAACGAUUGAAUUCUUACUUUUUGGAAUUUUAAUCAACAUCGCAAGGGUGACAUGUAGUGGCAAUCGUUUUUGGCAACGCGGCACUUUUCCACCUUUGGAAGUAAUAUCCGAUAUUUUGCGUUUUUUGUUUAUUUCCUGAUGCGAUACUUUUGCAGGGUUUCUGUGUGGAAGAGGCAAUAAUAAUAAAAAUAAAAAUAUAUAUCUAUGGUUUUGGCACUUAUACACACAAUUAUAUAUUCUAUUACUUGCACUUUUAUUUCUCAGUCAUUUAUCCACCCAACCAUUUUCUACAGCAGUGGUCCCCAACCACCGGUCGCAUUUGCUACCGGGCCGCACAGAGACAUUAAAUAACUUAUAACCGACCACAAUUUCUCCUACUCAACUUUUGCCAGUCCCACCAGACCAGGGGUCACCAACCUUUUUGAAACCAAGAGCUACUUCUUGGGUAGUGAUUAAUGCGAAGGGCUACCAGUUUGAUACACACUUCAAUAAAUUGCCGGAAAUAGCCAAUUUGCUCAAUUUACCUUUAACUCUAUGUUAUUAUUAAUAAUUAAUGAUAUUUACACUUAAUUGAACGGUUUAAAAGAGGAGAAAACAUGAAAAAAAUGAAAAUUAAAUUUUGAAACAGUCUAUCUUCAAUUUCGACUCUUUAAAAUUCAAAAUUCAACCGAAAAAAAGAAGACAAAAACUAGCUAAUUUGAA